UCGGGUGCAAAGUUUAGUUUCAAACCGUCUGCAAAGAGCGGUGGGGUGGUUGCCGCCGCUUCUUGGAACGCGGGCUAUAUAGAAGGGAGACGGCGCGGCGGCGGCAGCUCAGAGAGGCGGUUCGUCGAUAGUGACGAUCACGGCAACCCUUCUGGCCCGCGGGAGAGCAGAAGCCCCGGCACGGUCGGUGGUUUACUAGCCGCGCCGAGAGGGGCGAUUUCACCGGCGGAGGGGGCCCUUCGGCCGGCUGACCAGUGGUGCUGCUUACCCCGCUCCUCUUCCCUCGCGGGUUUGGUUGCGGCAGCGGCGCCUUUGCUAAGCGGCUGAGUGGCUCCCCAGGCCGGCAGCAUGGGCGUGGAGAGUCCGGGCGAGCGGCCGGUUCAGGCUCGGCGACGGCACGGCCGCCGGCGGGUGCGCCUGAUGUGCAUGCUGGCGCUGACUUUCGGCUUCUUCGUAGUGGAGGUGGUGGUGAGCCGGCUGACGUCGUCGCUGGCCAUGCUCUCGGACUCCUUCCACAUGCUCUCCGACGUGAUGGCUCUGGUGGUGGCCCUGGUGGCCGUCCGCUUCGCCCAGCGCACCCGCGCCACCAAGAAGAACACCUUCGGCUGGGUGCGGGCCGAAGUGAUGGGCGCCCUGGUCAACGCCGUCUUCCUGACCGCCCUGUGCUUCACCAUCUUCCUGGAAGCCAUCGAGCGCUUCACCGAGCCCCACGAGAUCGAACAGCCCUUGGUGGUCAUCGGCGUCGGAGCUGCCGGGCUGCUCAUCAACGUCCUGGGGCUCUGCCUCUUCCACCAGCACGGCGGCGGCGGCGGCCAUGGCCAUUCGCACGGCGGGAGUGGAGGGGGAAGCCACCGGCGGAACGGCUCCCGAGGCGGCAAGGCGGAGCCGCCUCCCGGCGACCUACAUAAAGAAGAGACCAACACCCUGGUGGACAAUUUCAACAGCUCCAAUGGAGUCAGCCUGGAGAAGCUGGGUGAUGUAGUAAAAGACAGCCAAAUGGAACUGCAACCGAAUGGAAAUAUUAGCAGUAACACCUCUAUAGACAUGGAGAUGGACGAAGACACCAGUGCUCAGCUCAAUAUGCGUGGAGUGUUCCUUCAUGUUCUCGGAGAUGCCUUGGGUUCAGUUAUUGUAGUAGUGAAUGCCAUAAUAUUUUACUCUUAUUGGACUCCAUGCCCGGAGGUUGGGGAUUGCAUCAAUGUUUGUGUUAAUGACCCCUGUACAAACUUCACUCAGCUUUCUCCACUGGAACGAGACCAAAUCCCUGUAGCUGGUCCUUGUUGGGUUCUAUAUUUAGAUCCUUCACUUUGUCUGAUCAUGGUUUGCAUUCUACUCUAUACUACUUAUCCUCUGCUUAAAGAAUCUGCUCUUAUUCUUUUGCAAACUGUUCCUAAGCAAAUUGAUAUUCGCUCUUUAAAUGAGAAACUCCGUAAACUGGAAGAUGUAGAAGCUGUCCAUGAAUUGCAUAUUUGGCAGCUGGCAGGAAGCAGGAUAAUUGGCACUGCUCAUAUAAAAUGUAGGGAUCCAGAAUCCUACAUGAAAGUGGCAAAAGAUAUUAAGGAGAUUUUUCAUGAUGAAGGGAUACAUGCAACAACCAUUCAGCCUGAAUUUGCCAUUGUAAGCUCUGAAGAAAGUGUGAGUAAAUGUGAAUUUCCCUGCAGGACCCAGUGUGCUCUGAAGCAGUGUUGUGGGACUGUGGAAAAGGCUAUGGGAAAGAAGAUAGAAAAGUCCCCUUCAGUUAGUAUUUCUUGCUCCGAAAUACUUAUUGACUCUCCACAUCACAGAGCCCGAAGGACUAAAUCAGAAUGCACACCUGCUGUAAAAUUAGAAGCAGAGCCUAACCCCAACAAACAGUUUGAAUCAUCUUUGUAAUUUCUAAAGUUAUGCUGAAUGAAAUAUGGCUUCAACUACAAAUAAAUUGCAAGGGAAAAAAGACUAUUAUUAAAAAGAAGUUGCAAAGAAAUGUAGUUAUUGAAGUUCUGUCUUUGUUACCACAGUGAAAUUCUGUUGAAAAGAACAUGCCGUCCUGACACAACAUAACGUUUGUGUUAACUUGAGGCUAAAUGACACAACAUUAAUGCAGAACCAGUUUCAACUUUAUGCCUGAUGAAUUGAAUUAAAAAUUAAAAUGAUUCUUCAAUAAUCCCCUUUUCCCUGAAAUUAGUUUGUAUUAAGUUUCUUAUUGGGAUUGUUCUUUCUGCUUGUUGAUUUGUGUGUGUGUGUGACCUUUUUAAAAAGUACAACUAUUGGGAGAGGACACCAAACUUGACAGAAUCUUUUCAAAAAGUUAACCACUUAGCAGGUGGUUACAUUUCCUCUUAAAUGAAAAUGAAUACUAUUUUAAAAUAAAUAUAUUAUGUAGCAUUAAUAAUAACAAUUUAAAAUUUGCCCAUUGACAAAUAUCCCAUAUUUGAAUUGGGCCUGUGACAUUAGCUUACUAAAUAUGAAUUGGAAAAUGACUUGCAUUCCACCUGGACUGUAAGGUGUAAGACAAAAAUAGGUUACACUUCUUUUCUCCUUUCUUCCUUAUUAUAUUAAUCUUCAAAUUUAAACUCUAUAAUAGAGUUUGCUGGGACUAGAGAGCCAGAGCUGGUCUCUGUCUUAGCAGUGUUAUCUGUGGUGAACUGGAAUAGAGAGAUUGCUUCUCAUAAUUUUAAGUAAAAAAAGGAAAAAUAUAACAUCAAAUUCAUCAGCAUAUAUUUGCUAAAAAUUUAAUAUAUUUCUUACUUUUGUAAAUAUAUUUAUGACUUAACCGUUUAUUUUUGUUGUUGGAUAAAAUUACUUCGCUUGAACUAUUCAAUUCAUAGUGAAUUCUAGACAGCAGCCGAUGGAACAAAAUUGCUGCCUGCAGCACUGGUUCAGAUAUCAUGGUACAUUUUAUUUGUGCACCGGGAAUGAAUUGCAGCAAACGUGGAGCUGGUGGGCACACCCAUUGUGUCCAGCCCAUCCAUGAGAACUAAUGAUAAGUUUUUGCUUAUUAGCUUCACUUUAGUGUUCUACCCAAAUCCUAAACCAUUAUCUUAAUUUAUUUUCAAAAUAACAUUCAGGGAAUUCAAAAACUCAAGCAACGGAUGGAAUUGUUACAAAAAAAUAUGAUUACCGCUAGCCAUAGUUUGUCAGCUUUGAAAAAGCCAAAAAGUGAUUUAUCAAAAUAGAAGCAACUACUUUUGGAUUUUCUUUUGGCCACAUAAGAGAGGUAGCUAGAAAGCAUGUGAGAGAAAAUCUUUAUUUCGAUUAUACAGUAGUAAAUCCAUUUUCUCCUACUAUAUUCCAGAUGAUUUGGACCAUCUAUAGUAAUAUGCCCAAUAGUUAAGAGCAAUGGGAUAAAUUAGUUCAAAACCUUUUGAAAGCACUAGAUUGCUGGACACUAUUAUGAAUGAUUAUUGUGAUGUCUGAACAGCCUUCAGUCAGUACUCUUAAUCUGUGACAGUUUGCAUAGUCCGACACAAUUCCUGCCUAAUUCAGUCUUAUAUUUAGAAGGUUUUAAAAGCAAUUCCACAAAAUACUUUGUAAAAUAAAGUAGAGUGUCACAAUUCUGUUAAGUCACUUGUACGUGAAUUUAUAAACCUCUAGCUUCUUAAACAUGGUUCCACUGGUUACAAGUUUUAAUCUGCAAAGUAGGGCUGAUUGCAAAUUCUCACUUGACAUUAAUGUCAAUACCGAAGCAUUUUUAGCACUAUUAAUAUUUCCCCCCAAUAGUUAAAAGAUUCUAAAACACAGAGAAAAGCCAACAAAAAAAGAAUGCAGGUGUGGUAAGUCUUGCAGUCCGUCUUUAUAUUACAAAAUGAAACUAUUGCAUAGUUAACAUUAUGGUGUGCUACAUUUUACUUCUAAAAUGAUCAAAUAUAAGGAAAACAUUUGUGUUUUGUUUAAAGCCCACUUGUUAAUACUCAUAAUUAGUUUCCAUACAUCAUUCCAAGCAUGAAAUAAUUGUGUGGUAUAAUUUUCAUGUUGGUAGCCUGAUUGAAAAAAAAAGUUUUGAAAAUCUCAUGUUUUUCUAUUCUAUGGAUAAUAAAAUUCACAGAGCCAGAACUAGAAAUGUGCAAGCAUGUAUGUAUGUAUGUAUGUAUGUAUGAAUACACAAAAAACUAUUAUAAAUUAGAAGUCUUACAGCUAAAGCUUCGUAAUUUUUGAAUGCUUUAGUUUGUAUUCAUUAAAAAUUACAAGCCUCACUUUUUAACUUCUUAGCAUGAACUGGCUGGUUUUAUUUAGAUUAGUUUGUAUACACAAUGGAAUAUACAGUAAUGAGCUGUUUCUGAUUUUUAUUCCUUCUUUGAAAAGAAACUGCUGCACCAUCUCAGUAAAGCAUGAAGUUUAGCUACUAUUUUGAGAUGUUAAUACAGUGAUAAAAUAGGAAAAUAGUUGUCAGGUUUGGUUCUCUUUAAUUAUACAUCAGCUUUUUGUGGCAGAAUAUGUUGUAUCAUGUCUAUUUUCACAGGUAACGUUUCAGGAAUAUUAGCCAGGUCAUUUCCUAGUUAUGUUUUAAAUAAAAUUGAACAUCUUGAAUAGGUUUAAGUACAGGAUGCUUCUUUCUUUAUGAAUAUGAUUAUAUUGAAUAAUGGGGCCAAUUUUGCAAUUCUUUUUUUUUCCUGAUUGGCAUCGUAUGUAGGGGGGAUGUUUCAAUUAGAGUUACACCAGUGAUAACGAACACAUUCUGUUUAAUAUGUGUUUUUGUGAUAAUUAUCCAUUGUACAAUAAAUGUGAGAUUGCUCUAUGAGUCUAUUUUACUACGAUUUCACAUGACCCCCCCCCCGAAAUUAUAGUGUGUGUGUGUGUGUGUAUGUAUGUAUGUAUGUAUAUAUACACACACACACACACACACUUAAGUGUUUGAAGGAGUGGCCUGUAAAAGAAAGAAAUAUGCCUUUCUAAAGCAGGACAAUGUUUAAAAGUGUUACCGAAAGCUUUGCCAAAUGCUUCAAAACUACUUGAAAGAACUACCGCUCCAAAUCUCUUUGUUAAAGUUUGCCUUUCUGUUAGCCAUGAGCACUGGACAAACUUUUGCUGUAUAUAAAGCAGGGGUCUGUUUUGGAGAGAAGCAAGUACUGAGUACAUUGAGUUAGUGGGAAACAGUGAGGAUAAAUGCACUUUUUGAUACUUUUCCUUGAAGGGGGAAAUCAUUUUAACUUUGCAUCUCCUUUUUUGAUUUUUUAAAAGUUUUAUCAAACAUUUAUUGCAUAUGUAAGGGUAUUAAGUAGAAUAUUUAAAUAUGCUGCUUUAAUUUCCCAACAGCAUCAAUGUAGCAUUUUUGGGAUUCUGGAUUAUGUUUACAGAACAAUUACCGAAUAUUAUAAUGUAGAUUGUUUCUAUCUUUCACUAUCUCAUUGCCUCUUAGUGGAUUGAACGCUACUAAUACUUCAUGUGCCUGAAAUAAGGUAUUUGAUCAUAUUCUCAUUUUUCUAUGUUAAACCAAUUGUAGCCUUACUGAUACUGGGAGCUUUCAUUCAUUUGUAUGAACUUGGGUUACAUCAUUAAAUUGAUCAUGUGAAGACUACUUCCAUGUUUUAGAAA